CAAACAUGUUGUUAUGUUACUUGAUGUUUGUUUUGUUUCAUUGUGGUCCAAAGAAUCAGCGUACAUCCUGUAAUCGCCUAACGUGGCAAGCUAGAGAACCUUUCAGCAAUGUUGGCUUGGUCCCAGCAGUGGCAACUCCCACUCUCUCUCUAUAUGGACAUCCUUUCUCUGACUACUUCCCAUCAUCGACAAAUUAUACCGCCCCUCUUCCUGGUUUACAAGAAAAAGAAACCAUGUCGUGUGGCAGCGCUGGGAGCCCUCAUUUUUUCUUCUCACCAAUCGAGUACCACACGUGGUGGGUUAGGGCAGUUUGAUAAAAUGUGGCAUAGCAAAGAAGAGCAUCUGACAAAGAAAUUUGGAGCUAAGAAGGCAUUACCAGACAAUGUCAUGGUGUUUUACUUUGCCAGUGACCAAAUGGAGCCCUACGUUCAGAUUAUCACUGGAAAAGACCCAAAGCGCCGUUUGAGUCUGUGCAGUUCAGACUCUGAUACAGAGGAACCCGAGUACCAGGAUGAAGUGAAGAAUAUUCUCCCUGUACUUAGUGAUUAUAGCGAGCUUCUGGACGACAGACAUCUACUAAGUAUUGCAUCUCACAUGCCAGAAAGGACACAAGGCUAUCGGUGGCAACUGGUCUACAGUACCGCUGUCCAUGGGAGCAGCCUAAAGACACUCUACAGAAAUAUGGCAGGUUUGGAUAGUCCCGUGCUGCUGGUUGUCAAAGACAUGCAGAAAAAGGUUUUUGGAGCCUUUUCAUCUGAUCCGUUUAGAGUAAGCAAAUAUUGCUAUGGAACAGGUGAAACUUUUCUGUUCACCUUCAACCCUGACUUCCAGGCUUAUAAGUGGACUGGAGAGAACUCCUACUUUGUCAGCGGUAACCUGGAGUCUCUUCAUCUUGGAGGUGGAGGGGGAGAAUUUGGCCUUUGGAUAGACGCAGAUCUGUACCGGGGGUCCAGCUUUUCAUGUCCCACAUUCCGCAACGCACCGCUCUCCACACAGAAAGACUUCAUCAUUCAAGAUCUUGAGGUCUGGACAGUGCGGAACUGAACAACAACAUCUGAAUAAUAAUGGAAAUAAAUAGGAAAGAUGAGGGUGGAUGCUUCCCCCAAAUACCGCUGGACUGUAUGUGGCCAGCAGUAGCUAAAUGUGAGUGGGUGGCACUGAAUGAGCAGCGGAUGUAAUAAUGCCUCUCAGGCUGCUGUUUACCGUCUGAGAUUAUUCUGACUAAAAGACGGCGGGUUGCAUCGAAUCCUGUGAUUCACGGCACUGAUGCCUUAAACUACUGCCUGCCAUCAGACACCUACACUAAGCCUUAAGCCUUCCAUGCCCUCCUGUUUUUUGGAGAGGAUUACAAUUCAAAGUUCCUAAACCUGUUGGGUAAGAAACUUUGUGAAAACAAAGCACCUUUAGGAUGAAAAGAAAUGAGAAAUAAUCAUACUUGUAUGUAUGUUGAACAGGCAUGUUUGCGUGUAACUUAAAGCUAUGUUUACAGUAUGCGGACCUGAGCUGUUUCCGACAUUGAUAUACAUACCCUUUAAGGGGAAUGAUAUGUUGUAAAACCACUUUAAUGAUGAUGUGCCUCAAAGUGGUUUUGUUUUAACUUCACACGGAGAAUCACUCGAAGAUCAGUGCCAAACUGGAUUGAAGAACCACAGUUGCUGGUGAAGGCCUAUGAGGUCAAAUGAAAUUCAAGUUCUCAAUUUUCUAAGGACAAUACAAUAUCUGUGAUGUGUGCUAUUUGAAUUGGAAAUGAAUCGCACUGCCGACAGUUGCUGUAUUUUGUAAUGUUUUUCCUGUGACUUUAAUAUGGGUAAAAUGUUGACAAAACAUGUUUUUUUAUGUAUUGUCUUUUUGCAUUUUAGCAUUUAAGAAACAAAUCUUUCUUUCUUUUCCUUUCUUUUUCUCUUUCUUUAACAUUCCCUGGUGGUGCUGGCACUGCUAGUGUUUUUGUUUGGAACUACUAUCAAAGCAAUGUCUUUACUACUGACACUGAAUAAAAUAGCAUAUUUAUUUGGA